AGUCUCGUCACUCGCUCAAUUGCACCCGCAGAUAUGGCCUCUGUCUUUCAGGCCUUCCCCCAGCUGCGCACAGCCGCUCCCCGACUCACCCGCCGACUUUUCGUAUGCCGGCCAUGCGCGCGAUCCUACUCGGCCAACCUCGAAUCCCGCUCCCCGCUUCGCGCCUCCCCUGUUCGUCCAACUUCGACUCAAUCAUCGCCGAUUGCUCGCCAUCCAUCUGUGAUACAAGCCGUGCGAUGGAAAUCUACACAACCUCUGCGUACUGCUGCCGCUGCAACUGCAGAGCCCGUGUAUAGCGGAGCAGGUGAGGCUGCAUCGAGUGGGGCCAGGGCUAGCAGCUGGCCCAAGACAAGCUCCAAGUCGGUUGCCUACUGGCUGUUGGGCAGUGCAGCAAGUGUCUUUGGAAUUGUCAUCUUUGGCGGCCUCACUCGCCUGACCGAGUCUGGCCUCAGUAUCACCGAAUGGCGUCCCGUUACUGGAUCUUUGUGGCCUUCGAACCAGCAAGCCUGGGAGGAUGAAUUCGAAAAGUACAGGUCUUCGCCCGAAUUCAAAAUGCUCAACUCCACCAUGACACUCCCCGAGUUCAAGCAAAUCUACUUCAUGGAAUGGGCUCAUCGCCUCUGGGGCAGAGUCAUCGGUGUCUCUUUCCUGGUCCCUACUGUCUACUUCAUCGCCCGUAAACGAGUCACCCCCUCUAUGGCAUGGAAGCUCGGCGGCAUUUGUUCCAUGAUAGCUUUUCAAGGUUUCAUCGGCUGGUGGAUGGUCAAGAGCGGCUUGAAAGACGACCUAUUCAACCCCGGCAGCCAUCCCCGCGUCAGCCAGUAUCGCCUUACUGCUCACCUGGGCGCUGCUUUUGCCGUCUACUGCUCCAUGCUACUCACUGGCCUAGGCAUCUUGAAGGAACAUCGCAUGCUCGCCGACCCCGCCAAAGCCGCUGAGAAGAUCAACGCUCUCCGCCACCCUGCCCUCCGCAUCUUCCGCGGUUCCGUUGUCGCUCUCUCCCUCCUCAUCUUCACUACCGCCAUGUCCGGCGCUCUUGUCGCUGGUCUCGACGCCGGUCUUAUCUACAACGAGUUCCCGUGGAUGGGCAUGGGUCUCACACCCCCCAAGAAAGAGCUUUUCGAUCCCUUCUACAGCCACGUCCCCGAUCACUCCGAUCUCUGGUGGCGCAACAUGCUCGAGAACCCGUCCCUUGUCCAACUCGACCACCGCAUCCUCGCGACCACCACCUUCACAGCCGUGCUUUCGCUUUUUUCAUACACGCGCUUCUCCGGCGCCGUUCGCUCCAAGAUCCCGAAAGACGCGAGCAAAGGCGUGCUAGGUCUCGUACACCUCGUCUCUAUGCAGGUCACACUCGGUUUCUUCACGCUUAUCUACAUGGUCCCCACUUGGCUGGCUUCGGCGCAUCAGGCCGGUGCUCUAGCUCUACUUACCGGCGCCGCUGUGCUGUAUAGUAGGAUAUCGAUGCCCCGUCAGGCUAUCUUGAGACAGGUCAUGAAAUCGCACACCCCUAGAGUGCCUACGCAGGGAAUCCGCUCGCGCAUGGAGACGGGGAAAGCUGCUGAGAAGCAGUUGUAAGACUAGUUUAUAUGUUGUAUCGUAGAAUAGACUGUAUUAUAUGUAAAAAUGUCACCCACCUUACAUCACCAUAUUGUUAUCGUCUGUCGUGAUGCGCUCACUGUCUUACUCUCCAGCAUCUUCCCUACACCAUCACAGCAUCGUCAAUCUUUAUCAUUCACACACCACUACCAUCAUUACGCUUCUUCUUCAUUUCCGCAUCACGAUCGUUGCUACACUAUAAUCGCAAUCAGGAUUUUCAAGAUAUUCAAUUGUUUUUUGUCUUUC